AUGAAUUACAUGAGAGCCGAAGUUGCGGAUAGUGCAUCAUUUACAUCACAAUGUUCUGCACCGAGUAUGGGUAUAAUGAAUUCAUUAGUUACUUUAUUGGUGCAAAGUUUAUAUAGGGCUCAGUGUAUUAUUAUAUCAAAAACCGACUAUUGGCCACCAGACUAUGCGGAGACAGCUUUGGAAUCUGGUUUGAAGUCUUAUGAUUUUGUGGUGGUGGGUGCAGGUACUGCUGGCUCGGUAGUGGCCAGUCGUUUGAGUGAAAAUCCCAACUGGAGGGUGUUAGUUUUGGAAGCUGGCAGUGAUCCUCCUCAAGAAUCAGAGAUUCCCAGUUUGUUUUUUGGUAUGCAAAAUACGAACUAUACCUACAGCCAUUUAUCGGAACCUAAUGGCAGGUCGUGCAAGGCUUAUAAAGAUAACAGAUGUCAUUGGCCUCGUGGUAAAGUAAUUGGAGGUACUGGUGCCAUUAAUGGCAUGAAUUAUAUAAGAGGCAAUCGUUUUGAUUAUGAUCGCUGGUUAGAGGAAGGUAAUAGCGGUUGGGGUUAUGAUGAUGUUUGGUCAUAUUUUGAGAAAUCCAUUAGACCGGUGGGCAAUGACUAUAAUCCUCAAGGUUAUGUUACUCUUAAUGAAUUUCCACGUUUUGAUGAAGAUAUAUCAUCCAUGAUUUUCAAAGGUACCAAUGAGUUGGGCAUACCUAGAGUUGAGGAAUUCGGUGAAGGUAGCUAUAUUGGUUAUGGCCAUCUAAAGGGUGCUAUACAAAAUGGCCGCAGAGCCAGUACUGGUCAAGCAUAUUUGGGAAAGGUUUCCAAAAGGCCAAAUUUAAAAGUCAUUAAAAAUGCCCAAGUUACUAAAUUGGAAUUCGAUCACACCGGUCAAACAGUUAAAUCUGUGGAAUUUUUAAUAAAACAACAAGAUAAACUUAGAGUAGAGGUAAAGCGUGAGGUUGUUGUAUCAGCGGGUACGAUAGAUUCGCCUAAAUUGUUAAUGCUGUCGGGUGUGGGUCCAGAAUACAAAUUAAAACCUUUAAAUAUUCCGGUUAUCAAAAAUCUACAUAUAGGAGAAAAUUUACAAGAUCAUGUUAUGAUUCCAGUAUAUCUACGCCUGCCAGCUAAUCCUCCCGAUCAGAAAAAAUUACUCGACACUAUUUAUCUCUAUUUGAUACAUUAUACAGGACCUCUAAGUUCCCAUGGUACUGGCUCUUUAACAGGCUUCAUAAACACAGAUUUAUCAACAAAUACUCCCUAUCCCGAUAUGCAAAAUGCUUUCAAAGUAAACGAUGAAUUAAGGCCUUAUUUUAGGGACACUGUUGAAAAAUUCGAUAUGAUGGCCAUAUUUGCAGUUUUAGCCCAUCCCAAAUCCGUGGGAGAUAUAACACUUAAAUCUACUUCUCCUCAAGAUCCACCCAUAAUCAAUGCAAAUUAUUUAUCGGCUCAAGAAGACGUACAAGUUUUGCUACGAGGCAUGGAAUAUUUAAUGAGUUUGGAACAGACUCAAGCCUUCAGGCAAAAACAGGUUGAAAUCCUACAAAUACCCAUUAAGGAAUGUGAUCAAUAUGAUUUUAAAUCGGAGAUAUAUUGGAGAUGUUAUUUUACUUAUUUCUCUACUACUUUUUAUCAUCCGGUAGGUUCGGUUAAAAUGGGCCCUUUGAAUGAUAACAAUGCUUGUGUCGAUCCUAGACUCAAGGUUAAGGGAGUGAACAACUUACGUGUGGUUGAUGCUUCAAUAAUGCCACAUAUUCCUAGUGCUAAUAUAAACGCGCCGAUUAUUAUGAUUGCGGAAAAGGCGGCGGAUCUUAUUAAGGAAGACUGGUCGUUGGCCGAAUGCAAAAUAGGAUCGUGAAUUGUUAGUUUAAAUUUUAGUGGUAAAUUUGUCUUGUUAUAAGUUAAAGGCUACUAAACUUUAAUUAGUUUUAGUCAAGUUUAAAUUAUACUAAAAUAAAAAUGUUAAUUAUUUUACUUUUUAUUUAAUGCAAUUACAAA